UGUAAAACAACCCAUGGAGUCCCGAUGAGAUGUUACUAUGUAGUUACUGUGGUCAGGAUAUCCCACCAGGGACUCAAUGUGUAGAGGGAGAAGAGGCGUAUCAUGAGCAGUGUAUCAAUGGAUGUAUUCCAAGACGUGACCAAGCAGUUGCUAAGUUCAGUAAGUACGCCGCUUAUGAUGGCCACAUCUUGUCCAUGGGGAUUCAUGUUAGCUACCUGUAUGGUGCAAAACAAGAAACAGACAAUAAAAAGAAAAGACAGAAGCGAGAACACAAAGCUAAUGAACUGUUAAAUAAAGUAUCAGCUUUACGCAACUCAAACUCUGGGUCAAUAUUGAUUCAUCUCGUCGGUUUAGAAAAAGGAGAUCAGUUUACGGGUGCAUUUGAUGAGUUUGCCGACACCAAACUUAAUGCAUUGAUUCAAGAUGGAAAAUUCUUCCCUGACGUUUAUAGGAAGCAAAGGCUAAGUGAUCAUGAAGAAUGUUGUGACUUCCAUGAUUUUCUAGUUUUGUUCGUUUCUGCAGCUUCAACUGUGACAACUUCCGACUUUAAAACCAAGGUAGCUCUUGAUGACUGCCUCUUGGACCCUGCUGCCGAAGCACUCCGGACAUUUCUAAGGGAAAAGAAACAGUACAGUGGUACAUUCCAUUCACUUCCUGGAAUUGACUCGACAUCGGUCUUAGCAGAAAUAAGAGAAAGUAGGUCAGUCCAAUUGAAAAGUCACUUUUCACAGAAAGUCAAAGAAGAUGAGAUAGUUGAUCAGAUUUCCCUCAAACUUCGUCUCCCGGAAUAUAUAAGUGCGUUUGCCAAACUUGAAAAAGGUGGUUCUUAUUUGUAUGGCAUACACGAGAAGAAUGUGAUCUAUGGUAAUUGUGGCUAUGACUCUAAGGUACCAGCUCUACAGCCCCUAAUAAUCACUGAAGGAACCAAAUUCAAGGAUCGACUAGCACAAAGGAUAAAAGAGAAUACCCUUGUUUGUGACUAUGACGGAAGGGAAUCAGACGAUGCUGAGGUAGCAGAGGUACGGUUUAUCCCUACGAGACAGAACGUGGAGGAGACAAUCAAGAGGCCUAACGGUGAGCGAGAAACUGUUACAGAGGCGGUUGUUGUUCACGUAGCCGUGAGGCCAGUGACAGGGAUAGUGUUCUAUGAUAAACAGGGACCACUGGCAUACAGGUAUGACGAAACUACCAACUCGGUCACGAGAAUGAAUAUCACUGAAUGGUUCCACUCGUUUACUAGACGAAGAGCCUCGGACACAAACUAGCACAGGACAAAAACAGAUAAAGGUAAGGACAAAAGCAUACACAGCCCUGUCACCAUAAUGUGGAAGUUGUUGAAAGAAAUCGUGAAAGAGGAUGAAGGUGAAUUCACUUUGGAAACCAAUGACUUCUUUCGACCGAACCUGAAGCAGAUUGGAAACAGUGUCUUUGAUAUCAGGAAUUACUAUAUCCCUAAAGAAGGGGUCAACAUUAUUCCAACCAGCCUUGAAACACCAUUGAAGGAAGUUAAAGAAAGACUCUUAGAACUUUUUGACCUCUGUGCUUUUAACCUGAUUCGCCAUGAUUCAGCUAACACCCCUGUCAGUGAAAAUGCUGUUGGAGGAGGUUUUGCAUUCAUCUCUAAAUCCCUGGCUCCCGUUUUGGAUAUCCCUACCUCGGCUUUGGCGAAUCAUAUCCGAUGUGAUGUGUUCAUCGCCCUACCGGGGCAUUCUGUCCUACUUCUUACCCUGGUGGACGGGGACUCCUUAACGGAAGCCUUGGAGUAUAACAUGUCAGUGGCUAGAGGAGUGACACGAACACUCAGUAGAUUCAUGGACGAAUGUGUACACCCGGUACAUGGAGUACUGCCCGUCUCAACAUUAUAUGACAAAGUAACCUUUGAAGCUCACAUAAACAAAAUUGCAACAAAGUCGUCACACUUCAUCACAAAGGACUCACUGCUUAUGAAUCCUACCAGGUAUGUCAAAGUCCUAAACGCAUUCUGGGCAGGCGUCGCAGAGACAAAAUGUGUGAAGACAGAGCCUGGGAAAGAAGAUGAUGAUAGUCUCAGAUUUCUUACAAGUGAACAAUGCAUUGUAUUAGUUGAGAACAUCAACAACAACGAUGUUCAGGUGAUGUAUGGACCUGGUACUGGAGCCUCUACCCUGAUGCUUGAGGUGGCAAGGAGACUACGCAGGUUGGGGGACACAUUACUGGUCUGUAAGUCUGAGGAAGAGAGGGAUAGGCUAAGAAAGGUGUAUACGCCAACCGUGACAGUCGAUGAGCUCAGUACACUGGACUUGUCACCAUUCACAGGUAUCGUGGAUGAAACCAACGAAACAGAAACCGACCCCAGUUGUUCACACUGGAGAUUUACAAACAUUCAAGAGGAACUGAAAAACCUGAAAAUGCGUACAACAACAAUAAAAAGAGAGGUGGACAGCGUUAAAGGGCAGAUAGCUGUAUUGAAGAAUGAUGAAUGGGAGGGACAAAUGAACUUCCUUUUUGAAGAAAUGGACGUGUUAAGGAUGUUUUCUGCGAAAAUAAAGCACGUCAUGACUGAUCGAAAGAAGAAUGCACUUCGACACUCUCCAUUUGACGACCUUUCAUCACCAGAGUGUGACGGUUGGGAUCUAAUGGCUAACUGGAUGAAACCUCUACUCGUUGAGUUUAAACAGAGAAUAUACGGACAGAAUGACGUACUGCACAGUAUUAAAGAGUUUCUAGCUAAAGACAAGAUCCUCAUUGCCUACAUCCAGACUAAAAUAGAAUCUUGGGAAGAGGAACAGUCGCUCCAUCGAAGUAAAGUAGUUACCUACCAACAGGAGAUGCAGGAGAGGCGAAAGAUGCAGGAGAUGCAGGAGAGGCGAAAGAUGCAGGAGAUGCUGGAGAUGCUGGAGAUGCGGGAGAUGCGGGAGAUGCUGGAGAGGCUGGAGAGGCGGGAGAGGCGGGAGAGGCGGGAGAUGCAGGAGAGGCGGGAGAGGUGGGAGAGGCAGGAGAGGCAGGAGAGGCAGGAGAUGCGGGAGAUGCGAAAGAGAAUUGAGGAAAAUGUUAGGUCUCUGUUGUUGCGUGGUCACAACAGGUGUUCUGAAACAGCUGCCGAAGAGAAUUUUGCAAGUCUAGAAGACAUGAAUAAAGGCGACGAAUCAAAGGAAAUAUCUGAAGGCAGGAAGACAUCUUUCUCUCCCCAUUCAAACCAAUCAAUGGAUGUGGGGCUUGCAGACAUGGCAGAACAAGAGGAGAUGUUGUCGACCUUAGAGAAGGAACAAGACCUCCAAAACGACACCUUCAUUCACUGUACUCUGCUCUUCCUCAUGAGUGGCUCACCAAAAUGCACUACCUGCAACUACACCAGGAUGUCCUGUCCCUGUACGACAUAGAGCUGUCAGAGGCAAUCAAAGAAAUUGUGAGACCUCGACCUUUCCACAAAGAGACGGCUAAGCCAGAUAUUUCUUCAGAAGUUGGCAACCACGAGCGACCUUCGACGAGGAGAAGUCAGAUUUUCAAGCUUCG